AAAGCGUGUGACUGAGAAAGAAGAAAGGAAGAGAACCGUUUCUAUGACAGCCUCCCUCUUCAGUAGCACCUCAAGGAUCAUGCCUUCCACUGCUUUAUUUUAAUUCGCUUACUUCUUCACAUAUGCACAUAUUUUAUUUACUUUUUAUGAUCUUUGACUUGAAGAACUGAGUCGCGUCGCUUUUUCGAGUUUUGGCCAAAGAAUCGCGCGGCAGAAAAAGAGGUGAAGAAAUAUCGCGGCUCUUAAGUUACUGGUACGGAUAUCCUGAGCCAUCCAUUAUUUAAAGUCUCUUUUAGGGAUUCAGACUUAUUAAUGUGGAUUUUCUCUGCCAUUAAAUAUAGAAGUACCAGUACGAUAUCGGAAUAUGAAUUCACUUCGAAAUAAGUUAGGCUAAUUGAAUAAAACCAGGUGUAGCAAUGCGUUCAGUGUAACAAUACUGCCCUGACGUCCUUAUGUCAUUAUUAAUAUAGUAUUGAUACAUUGUGCAUUAAUUCAGUAUGUAAAGUAGGCUCGCCUAUAUAUAGUGUGAUUUUUUUGUAGAAAGACAUUUUCUGUCUUCAAAAAAAAACAAAAAAAAAAAACACCUGCAGCUACGACCGCUCUCGCGCGUACAGGAGUGUUUUCAUGUUAUUGUCAUCAUUAUCAUUAUUUUGUUUACAACCGAAGAAUGACCGUCAAACUGGAUUUUGAGGAAUGCCUCAAAGACUCCCCCCGUUUCAGGGCUGCCAUUGAGGGGGUUGAGGGAGAUGUUGGUGAACUGGAGACACGACUAGAAAAGCUGGUGAAGCAGUGUAACUACAUGUUGGAGGCUGGGAAGGUGUACUGUCAGAACAGCAAGAACUUUAUCACUGGACUGAAGGAGCUGGGGCAGCACCUUGUUGCAGACAACAUGCUGACGGAAUGUCUAGCGAAAUUUUCCAGCAAGCUGUCUAACAUUGUGGAUGCUCAGGGGGAGUUGAUUGAGACCACGCAGAAGUCAGUGAAAUUGAAACUGCAGAGCUUUGUUAAAGAGGAUGUUAAGCACUUUAAGGAUGUGCGGAAGGAGUUUGAACGCAGCAGUGAGAAUCUGGAGGCAGCGCUGGGGAAGAACGCUCAGGCCCCCCGGGGGAAGCAGCAUGAGGUGGAGGAGGCCACCAACACCCUGCUGGCUGCCCGCAGGGCCUUCCGCUCCGAGGCACUGGACUACGUGCUGCAGAUCAAUGUCAUUGAGUCGAAGAAGAAGACGGACAUUCUGUCGGCGAUGCUGUCCCUCGUUGAAGCCCAGGCUCAGUUCUUUCAGAUCGGCCAUCAGUCUCUCGGUGAGGUGGACGACUACCGCAAGAACCUGAGCGAGCAGCACACUCACCUGGUUCUGAAUUCGGCUCGGGAAAAAAGGGACAUGGAGCAAAGACACGUUGCCAUCAAAACAAAGGACAUAUCCUAUGAUGACUCCAUAAUGGACUUCAGCCCCGAUGCUCCCAGUGGCAUUGCCAUGGAGGGAUACCUGUACAAAAGAGCCAGCAAUGCCUUCAAAACCUGGAGCAGGCGCUGGUUCACUAUCCAGAAAAAUCAGCUGGUGUACCAGAAGAGAUUCAAGGACCAGCCGACGAUAGUGGUGGAGGACCUGCGACUGUGCACGGUGAAGCCCAGCGCAGAUAAUGAAAGAAGGUUCUGCUUUGAGGUGGUGUCUCCAUGCAAGAGCUGCCUGCUGCAGGCAGACUCAGAGCGGCAGCAGCAGGGCUGGAUCAGUGCCGUGCAGAACAGCAUCGCCUCUGCUUUCCAAGACUGCAGAGAGGUCCAGCACAGCCCGAGAGGGAGAGAGCGGUGUAGCUCAGUUUCUACCGGCAGUGGGGGGCAGUCAGGGGAGCAGGAGAGUACGGGUCGGCAGGCCCUGGAGGAGGUGCAGAAGAUCCCGGGGAACUCCCAGUGCUGUGACUGCGGGGAGCCGGGGCCCGACUGGGCCUCCAUCAACCUGGGCAUCACGCUCUGCAUCGUCUGCUCCGGCAUCCACAGGAGUCUUGGCGUCCAUUUUUCCAAAGUGCGCUCUCUCACCCUUGACUCCUGGGAGCCUGAGCUGGUCAGGUUGAUGUGUGAGCUGGGGAACACUGCGAUCAACAGGAUCUAUGAGGCGCGCAUAGAAGAAAUCACAAUCAAGAAGCCGCACCCCUCCAGUCCUAGGCAGGAUAAAGAGUCGUGGAUCCGCUCGAAGUACGUGGAGAAAAAGUUUAUUAAGAAGCUUCCGGAAACAGGCCACUCGGGUCCCCUGCGCCGUGCCAGUGCCCGACGCACCCGGGCCAACACCGAGGAGCGACCCGGCUCGCGCCCCGCCCUCAAACCCAAGCCCAACCGGGCCACUCUCCCACGCCUCGCAGGGCUGAGCCAGAGUGACGUUGGCCGUAAGAACAAUGCAGGCGUCCACCAAGGGCUGAGCCAGAGUGAAGUUGGCCGUAAGAACAAUGCAGGCGUCGACCAAGAUAAUGAGGAAGAGGAGGAUCUGAGUGGUCUCCAUCCUGGGGCUCUACUGUACCGUUCUGCGGCCCUGCAGCAGUUCCCUGUAAUGGCCGACGCCCUUGCCCAUGGAGCUGAUGUCAACUGGGUCAACUCCUCUGAGGAGAACUCCACCCCUCUCAUACAGGCUGUGUCUGCUAAUUCCUUGGCGGCGUGUGAGUUUCUUCUGCAGAAUGGUGCCAAUGUGAACCAGGCAGACAGCAAUGGGAGAGGACCUCUCCAUCAUGCCACGAUACUGGGGCACACUGGGCUGGUGUGCCUCUUCCUGAAGCGGGGUGCGGACUAUAAUGCCAGAGAUAACAAACAGAAAGACCCCAUCACCAUCGCCGUGGAGAACGCCAAUGCAGACAUCGUCACAUUACUGCGGAUCGCCAAGAUGAACAAGGAAAUGCGGGAGAUGGAUGGAGCCUUUGGCCAACCAGGUGAUGAAACGUAUCAAGAUAUCUUCCGAGAUUUCUCCCACAUGGCCUCCAACAAUCCAGAGAAACUCAAACGGCGCAGCACCGAUAUGAAGACCCCAUAACCACUGGGUGUCACUGUUGCACUAUUUUCUUAAUUUACACCAUUUUCAUCUGGGAUUAUUUUUGAGAUCUUUGGAAAUACCACUUUUAUAAGACCUGGGUGCCACAGUUGAUUAUUUCUUUGUAUUUUUCUCAGGUUUUGUCAUACCACAGUGGUGUAAUUUCCCAUUUAAAUAAACCAUUCAUAUCACACAAUUAUAUUGCAGACAGAAAGACAGUAAGGAGACAAUUACCCAGUUUGCCCUGGAAUUACAUAGCCCAGCCCUUUUUUUUAAACUCAAACAAUUAUGCAGUUUCUACACAUGAUAAUGUCAUUACAUACAGUGUAUGCUUUGUAUCUGAAUUUAAUAGUUUUGACAAACCAUUAUGUUUCCUCCUGAAAUGACUUGAUAAUGCAUGUAGCUAUUCCAUCAUCCACGGUCACAGUCCACCAGGUGCUUUGGCCAUUUUAUACAGUAAACUUAUGAUUAAAGAACUGGGCUUAUGGUGCAAAAAUUGAAAGAGACAUUCAUUUUAAAAAGCACAGUCUGCAGAAACGGCAGGUGAACAUUUAAAAACUGGCCCACAUUCAUUACUGAGCAAAAGACAUACGUUACAAUAGCACACAGUGUGAUAAUAGUGUACAGUAAUCCUGUUCUCUCCAAAACUGUAGUUCUGUUUUUAAGUCAUACAUUUGGAAAAACACAUUAAAUGGCUCAGGGGCGCAUUUUGGUGUUAUGUAUGAAUGUGACGUGCAUUGUUUUCACCAUCCUGGGUAUUUCUCAUUUUGGUUUUCUUUUUUUAUCUUUGUUGUCACUGGACGUUUGCAGAAAUAAUAAAGUUAUUUUUAAGCAAAAGCAA